AUGUCGUGGCACCCCCCAAACGAUUAUGCAAGCCGUCCAGUCGCCAUCCUUGGUGCAGGUAUUCUGGGACGCCGCAUCGCAUGUACCUGGGCUGCCGCAGGCUACAACGUGCACAUCCGCGACCCCAGCGCCGACCAACUCAAGCAGUGCCUCUCCUACUUCCACGAGAAUUUGGACAUUUACAAGCAAAAGACUUCAUCCCCGAUCUCUGGCACCAUCCAAACGUUGGCAGAAUUGGAACCGGCUGUCGCCAACGCAUGGCUCAUCAUCGAGGCCGUCCCUGAAAAGCUCGAUCUCAAAAUCUCCACCUUCGCAGCGUUAGAAGCUUCGGCGCCAUCCGACGCAGUCCUAGCUAGUAACUCCUCAUCUUACAAGUCGUCUGAAAUGCUGGCAUCUGUGUCUGAUGCCACCAAAGAGAGGAUUUUGAACACGCACUACUACAUGCCACCCGGCAACAUGGUGGUGGAGCUUAUGACCUGCGGAGUCACCGCAACCUCAAUAUUCGAUUUUCUGACAGACCGCCUAAAAGAAACAGGCGCCAUGCCAUACGUCGCGCAGAAAGAAUCGACAGGCUUCAUAUUCAAUCGACUCUGGGCAGCCGUGAAGCGGGAGACGCUGACGAUUUUGUCCGAGGGCGUGAGCACGCCCGAAGAAAUCGAUGCGCUGUGGACGGAGAUGUUCAUCAAGGGCAAAAGCAGACCUUGCGCACUGAUGGACCAAGUGGGCCUGGAUACCGUGGCGUUUAUUGAACAAAAUUAUGUAAAGGAAAGGGGUUUGGACGGCACGCACACGAUUGACUACUUGAAGAGAGAGUUCCUCGAGAAGGGGAAGCUGGGGGAUAAGUGUGAUAAAGGGGGAUUAUAUCCACGGAAGACUGAUGACAGUCAUGUUGAGUCGAGGUAG